AUGGAUCACCAGAAACAAUUCUCCACUCCUCAUGCGCUAGUAUUCCCUUUACCACUUCAGGGUCCUGUGAAUUGUAUGCUCAAUCUGGCUGAACUGUUCUGCCUUGGUGAUUUGCAUGUUACCUUCAUCAACACUGACCACGUCCAGGACCGAUUGAGAAGUUGCAGCGAUGUUGAAUCCCGCUUCGAGCGUUAUCCCAAUUUCAGGUUUCAUACAAUCCCAGAUGGCCUUCCCGAAGAUAGUCCUCGUACGGGUGGUCAUAUUCUCAAGUUAAUAGAGUCUUUGGAAGUUGUGAGCCAGCCAAUUUUCAGGGCGAUGGUAACCUCUGGUUCCCUGGGUCAUAACUCGGAAAAGCCGGCCACUUGUAUUAUAGCUGAUGGGAUCUUCAGCUUUGCCGUUGAUAUUGCUAAAGAGAUUGGGGUUCCACUCAUUUACUUUGACACUAUCAGUCCCUGUGGGCUCUGGACUUACCUAUGCAUACCUAAGCUCAUUGAAGCUCAAGAAUUCCCUUUUAAAGGGGAUGAUUUGGAUGCACCGUUAAGCAGCCUGCAGGAGAUGGAAUGCAUUAUGAGACGCCGCGAUCUUCCAAGCUUUUGCCGUGUGAGGGAGAUUGAUGACCCUUUAAUCCGAAUUAUUCUGGAGGAGGACCGACAGCUCCCGCUAGCCCAGGCGCUAAUUUUCAAUACCUUUGAGGAGCUCGACAGAGGCACACUUUCACUCAUGCGAACUCUGGGCCCGAAAGUGUACGCCAUAGGGCCGCUCCACACCCACCUCAAGUCAAGAUUGGCCGCCACAACUUCACCGCCGGCCUCUUCACAUAGCCUGUGGAAAGAAGAUAAAAGCUGCAUUGCCUGGCUCAAUGACCAACCGGUCAAGUCUGUGAUAUAUGUCAGCAUAGGAAGUCUUGCGACCAUGACCAAGGAUCAGCUGAUGGAGAUUUGGUAUGGCUUGGUCAACAGUGGGGUGAGGUUCUUGUGGGUUCAGAGACCGGGGUCUAUUGCUGGAUCAGCAGCAGAGGGGGAUCAAAUUCCUGAGGAAUUGGCUAAAGCAACCCAGGAAAGAGGCUAUAUUGUGGAUUGGGCACCUCAGGAAGAGGUUUUGGGGCAUCCUGGAAUUGGUGGGUUUUUGACUCACAGCGGUUGGAAUUCAACGCUGGAGAGCAUAGUGGAGGGAGUUCCAAUGAUAGGGUGGCCGUACUUUGUUGACCAGCAAGUUAACAGUAGGUAUCUUUUGGAGGUUUGGAAACUUGGAUUGGACAUGAAAGAUACGUGCGAUGGAGUCAUUGUUGAGAAGAUGGUCAAAGAUGUUAUGCAGUUGAGAAGGGAUGAAUUCUUGCCAAGGGCAAAUGAAAUGGCAAAAUUGGCUAACUCAAGCGUGAAUGAAGGUGGAUCUUCCUACAACGACUUGGACAAUCUGAUUGAGGACAUCAAAUUGAUGACGUUGAAGGCAUAAAAUGUUUUUAGCAUGGCUGAAAUAUGCUGUCAGGACUCAGGACCAAAGUUUGACACGAAACAAGCAGCGAUGAUUAUUAUGAUAAUGCUUGCACCCAAGCAUUUUGCAAAUAAUACCGAGAUUCAGCCUAUGAAGGUGGACUUGGCAAAGUUUGGAGUUUCUUCUUCCUCAUUUCUUGUGCUUCGGGAUGAUCAAUAUCGGACGA